AUGGGACUGAUUACUGCGAUUGAUAGCAUUGAUGUAUUAAUAUACUCAGGUAGUCCUAAGGGUACUCUGUCAAACAGAUCCGGUAGCGAGCUGACGUUUGGUACCCGGACAGGAACCCGCAGUGGUAUUGAAGCGCACCUCUUCAGGGUGGAUACAAGGAGAGAUCUGGCAGCAUGGACACGGCAGUUGGUUCAGGGAUCACAUAAUACCGCCCUCAUUGUCAAAGAAGUGACGUGUCCUGCAGCGUGGAACGGGAGAGAAACGCGGUUACGGAUCCACUACGAGAACGGUUUCACUCUGAGUGUUCCUACGGCGGAUGGCCAGGUGGACAGCACUAAUCAACUCAACAUGCUCUGGUCCUACCCGUUUGAGAAGCUCAGGUAUUCAUCGGAUGAUUCCAAGAGGUUGCUCUGGCUUGACUUUGGAGCUGGAGAGGGGGAAUUCGAGUUGGAUCUCCAUGGCUGUCCCAAGCCUAUUGUCUUCAUCAUCCAUACGUUUCUCAGUGCGAAGGUCACACGGAUGGGCCUGUUUGCCUGAUAGCCACUCCGUCCUGAUUGCUGCAAUAGCGUGAUAUGAUACGAAGCAAAACAACCCUGCCACCAUCGUAUGAAACAGCCAUUCAAACUGUCUCCUUGUGCAUGGCCAGUUCCUGAUAUGACUGUGGCUUUUAGAGAGUAGUGUAUCUUUGAUGGACUUGAUGGAACUUGGCUGGACAACACCUUGGUGAGGGAAGGAGGGUAGCAAGACCCACCACCUUCAGAGCACGUGAAGGGUAUCUAUCAAUUUCAGUGGAGACCUGCUGCACCCUGUCUCCAGACAAACUAGAAGAUCUCACAAUGAACCGUAUAUGGAAAUAGGUCACAGUUACAAUUCCUUUAAAUAUUUGUUUAAAAUUUCCUUGAAUUUCCAAGAACAUUUUACGGAUCGGAAUUCUUUACCUGAAACCUUGGCAAAUAUUCAAGGCCACAAACUACUCGAAAACCAAACUGGAGCAUUACUAUCAUUAAUAUGAUAUGUUUAUUAGUUUUGUGCCACCCACCCGGAUUUGUUCUAAUCCUCAGGAAUGGCAAGUCAUAUUUAUCCAGAUUCAGAUGGUAUGGCUGAUGUGGACCAAAGACCAGGGACCUACACAAGAAAGCUACAAGAAGACAUUCAGUAGAUGCCUAUGGGAGGUGGCUGAAGGUGACUUACACCAGGUGGCUAUAGGUGACCUACAUGUACACUGUAUAACUAUUGAAAGACAACUUUGCAAAGUGUAUGGAUGAAAGGAGCCAAUUAUAAAUCACAUCCUUUAUCACACCAGUCAUAUCAUUUAGAAGACUUUUAUAAGGUCCACACCACAUUAAUCAAGGAGACCUGCACCAUAUAACUUUGGAAAGACCUUUCUGCUGAGUGGAAGGAUGGAAGGAGUACAUUAUAAAUCACCUCUUUUGUUGAACCAGUCAGGUAAAUUCAGAAGACCUGUAGGAGAUGCAUACAGAGUAUCUUCAUCGGGUAGAUAGGUGACCUGGACCAGACAACUCUAGGAGACCUACACCUUGUAACUAUGGAAGACCACACAGCAGAGUUGGAAGAGCACGUACAGUACUAAUGAUAUACCAGAUACUGUAGCUACAUAUGAUUUACACCAGAUAUUCAUUGAAGAAAUACACCAGAUAUUCAGAAGACCUGCAACAGAUACCCAUAGAAGACCUAUACCAGAUUAACCUGAUAAGCCUUGAAGACUCCCACUAUAAAUGGAUAACAGAAGACCUAGAAGACAAGAGAUUAAGAUAGAAGAGUUAGUGUAUGGAAGUAGCAUGCAAUCUUAUAGAUUGACGAAAUGAUGACGUCACCCAAAAAAAAAAUUGGGGGGUUAAUUAUGUAAUCACAGGGUCAUACCUUGGGCCUCCAUCGACUGACUCCCACCAAAUUUGUGUUUUGGAAGUAUUUUAUCAUGCUUUACCAAAAUAUGGUAUAAAAAAUGCCUAGAUGCAAAAAUGGAAAUUUGACUCCGGUUCUCUAUUUGCUCAUCACCUAUUCUUCUACUUUUGCCUACCAAACAAAACUUGUUAUUUCUAUAAUUUUCUCUCCAAGUAAACAAAACAAUGAAGCCUUGGCCUUGGCCCAUAAAAUAUUUUAUAAAGGUAAUACCAUGAGACACUGCUCUGCGGCCAGUCAAAAUAAAAUGUUUAUGGUAGUUACCAUAAUGUCAAAUUGAACAAUUGAACUUUUUUAUACAACAGUACCAUUAUCUUAUAAGGUGUCUUCAUUUUUCUAGAACUUUAUAAGUAGAUACCUUGAUUUUGGUGGGUUUCUCCAGCAAUUACGUACAACUUUGCAAUUCUCAAUAGGGUCAGAGGUGUAGAUUUUCACUUUAGAAGGUCAUAUUGUCUUCUGUAAUGAUAAGGACCUUGAAGACAGAAAUCGUUUGACUUGACAACUCUCAUUGAAUGGAAUUGAGUGGAACUUCAGUGAAGAUCUUUUUGGUUUGAUUACUUUGUCCAACUUUUCUAACUAAUCUGACAAAAGCCUGGUUGUCUCCUGAGAGGAUUUAAUGUUCGGUGUCGAACUUUUGGUGUUUGUGUUGGUGUUUAGGCUAAUGUUGUUAUGAACACAACACCGAACCAAUGGAGGUGCUGGGAUGAAUCUCUUCAGGUGUUGAUCAUUUGAAAAUGGGAAUUUCAUAAGCUCUCAUUAGGUGUUGGAGCUAGGGAAUGCAAUCUGAUUUGGUGCUUUUGACACCAAGACCCAACUCGAGAUCACUCAUUGGGUGAAUUCAGGGUCAGUGUUUGUGUUGGUGUUAGAAACACUCUCCAGAAUGCCUCCCCUAGCCCAAGUACCUGGGGCCAGUUGAAUAAAACUUUUUACCUGAGAAAACUCAGGUUGUUUUUACCGGAGUUUUUG